AUGCGAAUAUAUUCACUUUUUACUCUCGAAAUACACUUCACCUUGGUCCGUGAUAAUCGAUCCAUCAUCUUUGGCGAUCGCGAUCGACUCGACAAACAGAGAAAAGAACACGUAAUUACGCGCGAAUAACAGAAGGUAUUUAGGCCAACAAUCGCUUGGAAGAAAUGAGGACAAGCCAAGCUGAAGCCGGGAGAUGUGGGAUCAGCUACCGGAGCUGAUAUUGACACAAAUAUUCAGUUAUCUCAAUCGCACGGAUCGUGUCAGCGUCGGUCAUGUCUGUCGAUCAUGGAAUCGCACACUGUCCUCACCUGUGCUCUGGCGAUCCGUCACUGUAUUCAUCGAUCGUGACCUACGCGGUGACUUUCCUCUGGCAGGAGAAUUAGCCGCGAAGUAUGGGCAACACAUGCGCAGUCUGGAACUUGCUUUUUCACGGCCGUACAUCAUGCCAAGGCAAUGCAGAGUCGUGCGUAACACACAGGCCGAGGCUGGCGCUGACUUUCUCGCGAUCAUACGAGCCAAGGAUGUACAGCUGCGGCAGUUGACGUUGACAAAUUGGGUCUUCGGCUACAAAUGGGGCAACAGAGGAGUAUUGCUCGGCGCGCUUGCGAGUUUUCUGCGCGGUCAACGUGGUCUUGAGGUCCUGAGCUUGUUGAACGCCGACUUUGGCAUCACUGAUGUUCUGCGACUAUUGGGAACGGUCGCGAAGGGAUCGGGCGAGCAUUUGGUCUCUCUGGAUCUGCGCGGUGCUUUCAGAGAGUGGCAAGCUCCUCACGACAAUCCGAAAUAUUUACGAUUGCUCGGCCGAUUUCACGCGCUGAAUCUGUUGAAAUUAGACUAUCCGGCUUUGUCGAAUCACGCUCUGAACGCUCUCGCGAGCGGGGCGCCGAAAACGCUGACGCAUCUGUACGUGUCCAUACGAGAUUCGGAUUCCAGGCAGCACACGGUGGCGGACGCUGCCUGGCGCAACUUGGUGGUAGCUUGUCCCGAUCUGACGGUGUCCUAUACCAUAGUGAACAUCUCGCACUUCGAGGACAUGUGUUACUUGCUACUGCCCAGCGUUCCUCUGGCCAAAUUUCACAUGUGCAGCGGACACGUGUGGGACCAGAGCAGAUCCCGCAACUUCCGAAGCACAAUUAAUCUAUUAAUCACUCAGUACACAAACACAUUAGACGAAGUCAUGCUGCAACUUAGAAACAAUCGCGAAUCGCUUGACGAUUUGUUGGUUUCCAUGUUGACGCGUUGCAAACGUUUGACCCGAUUACAGUACGACGGGAUUGUGAGGAGUCUCGAGACCCUGCGCGAGAUAUGUCAGCUUCAAGCCGAGCACAAAACUCGCUUUAAGACGAUACACAUGAAGCCACGGAACAUUAACAUUCAAAAUCGCGCUAUACUGCACGACAUUAAUUACCAGUACGAUCGGAAAAUGCACGAGCAAGGAGUUGACUUUCGAGUCGAAGAUCCCACGUCAAUUUUGUUCUUUUACUGACGAGUCCACUUCUUACUUGC